AUGGCCACCCAAGCACAUCUCUCGCCUCCAAAUGGCACGGUUGCUGCUGAGCCGAGGUCGGAGGUGAACACAACUCCAGCCGUAAAGCCUUCGUUCCCAGAAGGAGGAGUAAGAGCAUGGUCCGUUGUGUUCGGCGCAAGCAUCGCUUUAGGAUGUGCCUUUGGAUAUCUAUCUGCUUUUGGCAUCUAUGAGACAUACUACAGUGAGCACCAGUUGGCUGAGAAAACGGCUUCAGAGAUUGCAUGGAUUGGCUCGAUUCAGAUCUUCCUCCAGUUCGUUACCAGUCUGGUCUCAGGGAGUCUGUUUGAUCUGCACGGGGCAAAGAUACUGUUGAUACCAGGAUCGGUUUCUUUCGUCUUCUCCAUCAUAAUGACCAGCCUGUGCCAACAGUAUUAUCAAGUCAUUCUGGCCCAGGGGAUUCUCGGCGGCUUAAGCACCGGCUUCAUUUUCACGCCCUCCCUUGCGGCCAUCGGCCACUAUUUCCAGAAGAAACGGGGCCUUGCUAUGGGCAUCUGUGCCGCCGGUUCUUCCCUGGGUGGUCUCCUGUUCCCCAUCGCCUUGAAACACGCUCUCUAUAGCCAGCGGUUAGGGUUCGGCUGGGGUGUCCGCGUGGUCGGGUUCGUGGUUCUCGGCCUUCUGUCUAUCGCCUGCGCCCUAGUGAGAGAACGGCUGCCACCACGCAAGGGCCAACUGUUCCUCCCCCGCGCAUUCUUGCAACCAUCGUACUCAUUCUUAGUGGCCGCCGUCUUUCUCAGUUUCUGGGGGAUGUGGGUGCCGUAUUUCUUCAUCGUCUCGUUCGCAAUCCAGAAGAUACACAUGGGCGGGGAUCUAGCGUUCUACACGCUGUCGAUCGUCAACGCCGGCUCGCUGCUCGGGAGAAUCAUCCCGGGAUUCCUGGCGGAUCGGUUCGGACGUCUGAACAUGCUCGUGUGUGUAUACGCCGCCAACAGCAUCCUGCUCCUCGUCUGGAUCCGCAUCACCACAGCUGCCGGCCUCAUCGCCUGGGCCGCGGUUUUCGGUUUCGCCUCGGGCGCGGUAAUCUCCCUGUACCCCGUGUCCAUAGCGCAGCUGGCGCCCCGGCCGCAGGAGAUCGGAACGUACAUGGGACAGGCGAGCGCGAUUGUCUCCGUCGCUGGGCUGACGGGGACGCCGAUUGCGGGGGCGCUCAUUCGGAGCUAUGGGUACGAGGCGGCGGCGUUGUUUGCGGGCUCGUCGAUGGCUGUGUGUACCUGUCUGGCUGCUGUCGCGAGGGGGUUCUGUGCAGGAAAGCUGCUAGCCAAAGUUUAA